AUGAAGUUUACCACCACCCUCCUGGCCACCGCCAUGCUGACGAGCGGUUCCCUUGCGGCCCCUCGCAGUGGCCUGCUCGAACGCUUGCAAGCUCGCGGAGCUCUGUCACGCCAAUCCAUCCCAGCCGAGAAGAACGGUGUUCUUCUUAAGCAAGGGUCUCAAGGUGCCGACGUCGAAUACAGCAAAAAUUGGGCCGGAGUCGUGCGUGAGCAGCCUCCUCCGAGUGCUACAUACACUGCUGUCUCGGCAACUUUCACCGUCCCAAGACCAACGGCAACCGAUAACUCCAACGAGCUGCAAGCUGUAUCUGCCUGGGUCGGCAUCGACGGAGACACCUAUACUGAGGCAAUUCUUCAGACUGGCAUCGACUCAUACAUUCAGAAUGGCGAAGAAUCAUUCGAUGCUUGGUACGAGUGGUACCCCAAGAACGCUGAGAAUUUUGACCUGGAAUUGACCGCUGGUGAUGUGAUCGUCGCGAAGGUCGAAUCUUCAUCACCCAGCAAGGGAGUCGCUAUCAUUGAGAACAAGUCUAGCGGAAAGAGUGUCACGAAGACUCUGAGUGCACCUACCACAUCCGCCACUUUGGCUGGCCAAAAUGCUGAAUGGAUUGUUGAGGACUUCAACUCUGGCAACACCAUGGUUCCCUUGGCCGACUUUGACAGGGUCGACUUCACCGGUGCUCAGGCCAAGGCCGACGAUGGGGCCACCUAUGGUGUAGACAAUGCGGCGCUCUUGGAUAUCCAACAGAACGGUGAUGUGAAGGCCCACGUGGUCGUUGAAAGCGACAGCGAGUUUACUGUCACCUACCAGUAG